AUGUUUGCCUCCGUUGGGGUCUCGGAGGAGCAGGUCUUCGGUGACCUCUACCUCGCCUGGCUCAAGGAUACAGGGGAGAAGAACAGCAAUGACUCCCGCAAGCUCUUUCGUGAGUUGAUGGAGCACGGUUUUAGGGAGCGUCAGAUCGUGCUGCGCAAGGAGCGUCUGGGCGCCAAUGUCAUCGCAAGCCUCGCCUCGCUGCUGCAUCGCUCCCCCCUGGCGCGACUGGACCUGCACAGCAACACCCUGCGCGACAGCGGUUGCGAGAUGGUGGCGCAUCUCCUUCGUGACAUUCCCAACCUUCUCUAUCUUGACCUCGGCGCCAAUGACAUUGGGCCGCAGGGCAUCCAGGCCCUCAGCUACGUCGUCGCCACGCACAAGAAGCUGCAGACUCUCAUCCUUGGCUCCUCCGUACACGACGCCUACGCCAAUCGCAUCGACGCCGCAAGUGCCACGAGUCUUUUGGAGGGGUGUCUGCGGAGUCGCACGCUGCGUCACCUUGACCUCAGCGGCAGCACAAUUGGCGACCCAGAGAGCUGCAGCAGGCCCCGCGGUGUAACGGGCGCGGCAGAGUUUACAGUCACCCCGCCAUCACGGAAUUCUACUUGGCCAUCCUCCACGGCGCGCCGAAGUCAGGUGGCAUCACCCACGCAAACGACAGGCAACAGUAAAAGGGUUGGCGGCGGCACCUCCUCUGCAGCUGGUGCCAGCGGUACUGGAAGCAGGGCGGUUGAGAGCCCCGACAUUGGCAGCGGCGGCUCCUUUAGACGUCCCAUUGAUGUGCUGUCGGAGUUAAUCCGUACAUCGACGACGUUGACGACGCUGAAGUUGCGUGAGGUGCGGCUCACCACCGACGCCGCCCUCCGUAUCAUUCACGCCGCGAUGGAAAGUACGAGUCUCUCGUUUGUGGAUCUUUCCGGCAACGAACUCACCGGGCCUGUGGGUGACGCAUUUGGGGAACUCGUGUGGCGUCGUGUGAAGGAGCAGCAGCCAUCCAGGCUGCACACCAUUUUAUUAAGCAAUAACCCGCUGAUGCAGCCAAAUUGCAGUAUGCCUCCACCGCGACUCUUUUCUGCGCUUUCCAGUGACCGUUUGUUGGUGUGUUUGCACUUAGACAGUUGCGGUGUGGAUGACGCAGCACUUGUGCCACUGUGCCGUGCGUUGUGCACGAACGGCGCGUUGCAGUCACUUCACCUGGACCGCAACGCUAUCACGUCAGAGGGCGCCGUCAUGCUGGCCCGUGCCCUUUGCCGGCACAUCUUUCUCCAAGACGUCUCUCUGGAGGGCAAUGUCAUACGAGACGAGGGCACAUGCGCCUUUGCAAGCAUGCUGGAGACGAAUCAGACGUUAAUCUCACUUAAUUUGUCCAAUACGUGGAUGGGCGAGCGCGCCCUCGUGGCGCUUGGUGUCGCGCUUGUGGAAAACAGGACUCUGCAGCGACUUAACAUUGACAAUAACCACUUCUCGGAGGAUGCCGCAGGGGCCUUCGCCGCGCUGCUGGAGAGCAACCGCUACCUGCUGCGCUGCAGAAUGCACGGGAACAGCAUCGGCCACCAGGCGGUGCUGCGCAUUGAUAGGAUUACCUCCCGCAACAGGGAGGCCCACCGAAAUGUGGAGAAGGAUGGCCUCGAGAAGAACGUCAUCCGCCUUCACUACCAGAUGUACAAGCUAGACGAGGCCCGCGCAGAGCUAGAGAAUCUGCAGCGGAAGAAGCUGGAGCUCGGACGGGCCCUGGAGGCGCUCGAGGCGCAGUUCAAGCAGGAGCGGGCAGAUAUCGAGAAGAAGGAGCAGAGUCUGCAGGAUACACUUGAAAACUGCAUUCUGCAGGAGGCACGCUGCCUCAAUGAGAAGAAGCGCCUUGACCAGGAGUUGGCGGCGGCACAGAAACAGAUUGAGGUUGACAUGGAACAUGCAAAGGAGCGGCUUGAGGCGGAGGCAGAGAUGCGGGAGAAGGUUGAUGAGGAACACCGCAAGCUCAAGCUGCAGCUUGAGGACAUGAUGAACAACGGCCCCCAGCGUGAGGCGGCGAAGCGGCAGCAGCUGCAGGAAGUGAACGAGGACCGUCAGCGGUGGGCGAUGCAGCGGAAGGAGUAUCGCGGCGCCAUUGCCGAAGCGCAGGCAGCCGUAAAUCAACUUCUAGAAAGGGAUAAAGCGGCAAAGAAGGGCAAAAAGGGAAAUAAAAACCAGUGA